CCUCUUGCAGAGCUCAGGCUGGCGAGGCAGGGCAGCUGUGGCAGAAGGAGAUUGGGAGCCGGGACUGGGCACAGGUAAGGGGUCCUCAUCAAGACACUGCCCUGGGGUCUAUCUCUCCCUGCCUCUGUUUAUCUCUACUUUGUCUCUUUCUGCCUCUCUGAUGGGCUUAUUUCUACUCUUUCCCUGUUCUCUGUCCCCACUCACUUCUUUCUGUCUCCCAGCCCGCAUUUUUCUGUAAUUUUUUGCUAUUUGCUCUCCUUUCUCCUGCGCUUCUCAUUGUCCCUGAGUCAGUCUCUCUCUCUCUCUCUCUCUCUCUCUCUCUCUCUCUCUCUCUCUCUCUCUUUUCUAGAGGUCUGAGAUUCCCUCUUGAAACCCCACUUUCGCAUUGUGGGGGUGGGUAAUGGUUGCGGUUAGAAAAAUUUUCAGAGAGCAUUUAGCACGCUAAAGUCAGAAACCCACAGUCUAAUGUCUCAGUAUUUGGAUGCUGGGAAAACGUUGUCUCUUUGACUCUGGGCUUUAUAUAUCCAAAGCCAAGAAAGUUUUAGAAGAUGGUUUGCUAUCUAAUUUUAAAAACGCUUUGCACUGGGAGGAUGGGAACUCAAAAGGUCGUUUCAAGUUCCCUUCUAGAUUUGACUGAUGGUUUCUAUCCCUCCCAUCCCCACACCCGCCAGAAGGUCCCAGGUUCCCGAGUCUCUCCUGUCUAGCCUCUGGGUGACACCAACGCUUCUGCCGGUCACGGCUCUAGGGCAACAGGCCCCUCAGCAAACACCCCUCCCUUCUACCUAGGCUGCCUCAGCAACACUUAGGAGGGCCUGGGAAUCGCUUAGCUGAUCCCAGCCCCACUUAACCACUGGAGGCCGCGCCUAGUACUGCCCCACCCCAAAUCCUCACGUGCGGAAAUGGGGGGUGGCCUCAGGCUCUACGAGCAUCUGGCAGGUGAACGGUGGCUGAGGUUGAAGUGUUGAUUCUGCGCUGGGACCCUCCAACCCAACCACCUCCGCGUGGCCGAGUCUCCAUCACCCUUCAAGAAUGCCCCUGAGGCUUCUGCUUCUGCUGCUGUGUCUGUGGGGACUGCCACUCCAGAGGGCGGAGACAGACUCUGAGGGACAGACUGAGGAGCUGUACCAGCGCUGGGAGCUCUACGGCAGGGAGUGCCAGGAGGCCCUGAAGGCUGCAGAUCCUCCCUCAGGCGUGGUCUGUAACGGGUCCUUCGACACGUACGUCUGCUGGGACUACACGGCCGCCAACACCACUGCCCAGGUGCCCUGCCCCUGGUAUCUGCCCUGGUAUCGUCACGUGGCUGCAGGCUAUGUCUUCCGCCAGUGUGGCAGUGAUGGCCAGUGGGGGUCUUGGAGAGAUCACACCCAGUGUGAGAGUCCAGAGACAAAUGGGGCCUUUCAGGACCAAAGACUGAUCCUGGAGCGCCUGCAGGUCGUGUAUACAGUCGGCUACUCCCUGUCCCUGGCCACGCUGUUGCUAGCCCUCCUCAUCUUAAGUUUGUUCAGGCGGCUACACUGCACUCGUAAUUACAUCCACAUGAACUUGUUCACGUCUUUCAUGCUGCGGGCAGCGGCCAUCCUCACCCGAGACCGGCUGCUGCCUGCACUGGGCCGCUACACAGAGGAUCAGACUCUUACCCUGUGGAGCCAGGCCCUGGCUGCCUGCCGCACGGCCCAGAUCGUGACCCAGUACUGCGUGGGUGCUAACUACACCUGGCUGCUGGUGGAGGGUGUGUACCUGCACCAUCUGCUGGUGAUCGUAGGAGGCUCAGAAAAGGGCAACUUCCGCUGCUACCUGCUUCUUGGCUGGGGGGCCCCCGUGCUUUUCGUCAUUCCUUGGGUGAUCGUCAGGUACCUGUUGGAGAAUACGCAGUGCUGGGAGCGCAACGAAGUCAAAGCCAUUUGGUGGAUCAUUCGUACCCCCAUCCUAAUAACCAUCUUGAUCAAUUUCCUCAUCUUCAUCCGCAUCCUUGGCAUCCUCUUGUCAAAGCUGAGGACACGGCAGAUGCGGUGCCCCGACUACCGACUAAGGCUGGCUCGGUCCACGCUGACGCUGGUGCCCCUGCUGGGUGUCCACGAGGUGGUGUUUGCUCCCGUGAUGGAGGAACAGGCCGAAGGCGCCCUGCGCCUUGCCAAACUGGCCUUUGAAAUCUUCCUAAGUUCCUUUCAGGGCUUUCUGGUGAGCCUGCUCUACUGCUUCAUCAACAAAGAGGUGCAGUUGGAGAUUCGCCGAGGCUGGCGUCACUGCCUCCUACAUCUCAGUCUCCGCGAUGAGCACCCCCGUCCGCACGUGGAUCUUGGCCCUCCGGCCCUGCCCUUGCGUUCUGAACCCCGGGAGGUCCCCAUGGGCGGCUCCUUGCCCUCUGGGUCGCCGCUGCACAUGCCUGGAGAUGAGGUCUUGGAAAGUUACUGCUAGGUAACGGGACUCCCGUGUCUGUGUAGCUUGUAUUGAGUGCCUACUGUGUACCAGCUCCUGUGUGGGGAAUGCUGGGGAACCCCGAGAGAAGGAAGACAAGGGCGGGGUGCGGGGGAGAGAACAAAGACAAGGUCCCUACGUGUAUAUAUUUGUUGUGGAGUGACUUAUGAAAAGAAUUGAGAUGUUUAGGACAACUGACAGGGAGGCCACUUGUGAAGAUGAGACGCUUUUAAGCCAUGCUUCAAAGAAGUGGAGACAGCUUGAAGAGCUGGAGGACAAGCUUCCAGGAAGACAGAAUGGCAUGUGAAAAGGACCUGAGAACAGGAAGGGUGGAGAAGGGCUUCCGUGGCUCGACUGGAAAAUGCUGGGCCUGCAAACUGAAAAGUGGGCGGGGGUGCAGAAACUGGGAUUGCAUGCCAGCUGCACUGGAGAGUUUCAACUUUUUAUGCGUACGACCGUUUUUGCCUGCAUGGAUGUCUGUGCGCACAUGCAUGCAGCACUUACAUACACAUGGAGGACAGAAGCUCCCCUUUGACAGGAUGCUUGUCAGCCUUCACGGGGGUGGGGGCAACUGAAUCCAACUCUCCAGUUAGCAGCGGGGCCUAGCUCCUUGGCUUUUCCCACACAGUUGUCUGCUCCACAGGGACAGAUCAUCAGGGGCAGGAUGUAAACUGGGAGCCCAGUGAGAGGAAUGCAGGUGGCUGGACCAGCAGAGGGGUGAGAAAGAUUUGUUGAUGUAUCCCAGGAGAGGGAUCAAAGGAGAAUGCCAAGACAAAAGGAGGAAGAUCAAAGGACUCUUUGUUUGGGGUGGGGGUGUAGUGAAGUGCUCUUGGCCUGUGUAAAGCUGAAUUUAUAAUCUGUAGAAACCUGGCAACAGAGCAAGAGGAGCCUGGGUCACUGAGGGUUAAACAUGGAACCUCUGCCGGACAAACUCUACCACCUCCCAGAGAGGACUGGGAGAAAGUUGGGGAAGAAGUCUAAUUGCAGCUGGUCUACCUGCACGUGCACACACACAGGCCUCCUCAAUUAGUAGGGUGUGCUGUAUUUUCCCCAGGGUCCCCAGAAAGACACACCCCAGGCUUUGGUUUCUGGUGGGGUAGAGGCCCUAGCAAAGCAAGCAUGAGAAUCAAUUGCUUCUAUAUGGGGUGGGAGAUGAAGGUCAGGCUGGAAAGGCAGAUGACCAGGGUAUGCGUGUGAGGUUGUCUGCCACAGAUGAAUAAGGUUCAACUGGAGCCACGUUCCCACUGUGCCCUUGAUUGGAAACUAAGACACAUGUACAAAUUAAAUCUGUGUGUGUGACCCUGCUGCUUCUCUAGAAAGGCAACACAAAUAGCAGAGCUGGGAGAGGACGUGGGACACCUGUAACCCCAAAACUUGCGAGGAGGGUGUGUUAAGGUCAUCUUGAACUAUGGAGACUUUGUCUCACACAAACAGCGAAAGGAGCAGGACCAGCCUGGUGCAUUUCUUAGUUGGGCUGCUGUAUUAUCUGUCGGUAAAUCCCCAAUUUGUCUGUACUGCUCCCUUUUCUGGGGCCGGUAAGUUCAGGCUGCCCAGGACUCCACACUGCUUGACUCGCCUGAGGCCCAUCCCUUCUGUCUGGGGCAGUCCCUGCGGACAGCCUCUAUGGCUCUCAUCCCCUGAAGCAUCCUCAAAAGCAAGCAGAGGCAGAGGCACAACUGUUUCAGAGCAGUUAGGGCUAAAGUGAGAUCAAAUCCUUUCCCCAAAACUAAUUUGUAUACCUGUAAUUCGACCAUCUAGGAAGUUGAGGCAGGAACACUCUAAAGCCAGCCUAGGCUAUGUAACAAGAUCUUGUCAAAAACAGAAAGGGCCAGGGGAGACGGCUCAGUGGGUGAGGUGCUAGCCGUGCAAGUCCAAGGACUGCAGCUUCGACUCCUAGCACCCACGUAUGUGGUAGUGACUGAGGAAGCUUCCCAUGGGAGCCUGGGUUUCCAUACAUACAACUGUGUGCACAUGGAUCCAUUCACACACUCUCCCACCUCCAGCGGGGCUUCCAUACAUACAAAUGUUCAUAAAGCCAUACACAU